AUGAGCACCACUGGGUACUAUGAAUUGUACCGAAGGAGUACUAUCGGAACCGCUUUAAUGGAUUCCCUAGAUACACUUAUUAGUGACGGUAGAAUUGAGGCUUCGCUUGCUAUGAGGGUCCUGGAAACAUUCGAUAAAGUAGUAUCUGAAACGCUUAGGGACAAAACAAGUACCAAACUGACUUUUAAGGGGCACUUAGAUACUUAUCGAUUCUGCGAUGAUGUCUGGACGUUUAUUAUUAAGGAUUGUCAAGUUAAUUUGGACCAGUCAAGUAGUGAUAACUCUGAAAACAACUUUACAUGCGACAGACUGCAUAUAGUUGCUUGUAAUUCUAAGAAGAAUGGCGAAUGA